CCUGUACUCCACGCUCCUCACUCCGCGUGUCCACCUAAAACCUAUUCUUAUAAACACCCACAAGGCCGAAACCCACAUUUCUCCUCGGCCCAGAUAUUACAUAAUAUAUAUAAACAUUACAGUCUAUACGAAUAUCAAUUUCUUAUAUCUUUGAAACCAUAUUGGAUGAUGGUGUUGAGUAUUUUCAUUUUUGAGCAGUGACACAAGAUUUCAAGUGGAAAAAUGGUGAUGAAAUGAAGGAGCGUCAGCGUUGGCAGCUAGAAGAAGACGCACUCCUCCGAGCUUACGUUAAGCAAUAUGGCCCCAAAGACUGGAACCUUAUCUCCCAGCGCAUGGGAAAGCCACUCCAUCGUGACCCAAAAUCUUGCCUUGAGCGCUGGAAGAACUACCUAAAGCCGGGUCUUAAGAAGGGCUCUCUCACCCCGGACGAGCAGUCUCUGGUCAUAUCUCUCCAGGCAAAGUACGGCAACAAGUGGAAGAAGAUCGCCGCGGAGGUCCCAGGCCGCACGGCCAAGCGACUCGGUAAGUGGUGGGAGGUCUUUAAGGAGAAGCAGCUCAAGCAGUUACAUAAGAACAACAAGUUUUCAUCUUCCUCUUCUUCGCUGCUGAUCAGUGGUACGAAUAGCUUGCAGUCCCAUCAUCAGUUAUACCCAGAAGGGAAUAUUCCUGUAGUCGCAGUUGGAUCACCGGAGAACGCUGCCCAGGGCCCUUACGACCACAUUCUGGAGACUUUUGCCGAGAAGUACGUUCAGCCAAAGCUCUACGCCGCCGUUAACGGCGCAGCGUUCAUGCCUGCAAUGGUUGUGGCCGAUCCGGAUCCGGUUUUAUCACUUGGGUCGGUGAAUUCUGAUGCCCCGUCUGCGGCAACAGUGGUUCCGCCGUGGAUGAACCACUCAUCGUCAUCUGCGGCGACGUCGUCUCUUUCUUCUUGCACUUCGUCCACGCCAUCUCCUUCGGUGAGUCUCUCGCUUUCGCUGUCCGAACCGGUUAUUGACACGGAUAUGAACCGGUUCAUUCCGGUUCAGCAACUGGGUAGUGUUGUUCAGUACUGUAAGGAGCUGGAAGAGGGUCGAUUGAGCUGGCUGCAGCACAAGAAAGAGGCCACUUGGCGGUUGAGCAGGCUGGAGCAACAGCUGGAGUCAGAGAAAGCGAGGAAGAGGAGAGAGAAAAUUGAGGAGACAGAAGCGAAGAUAAGGAGCUUGAGAGAAGAAGAAAUGGCGUCACUGAGUCGUAUUGAGAACGAGUACAGAGACCAACUCAAAGAGUUACAGAGAGAAGCGGAGAGCAAAGAGGCGAAGCUGGUCGAAGCUUGGUGCAGUAAGCACGUGAGGCUUGCCAAGCUCGUUGACCAGAUUGGGGUCCACGGUGAUUCUUCCCUUCGGAUCACCACCACUACUACUCGUCCAAAUUAGAGUUCUUUUUUUUCUUUCUUUUGUGUUGAAAAGAAGAAACCUUUGAUGGGGUCAAGUGAUCAAUUGAUUUCAUACAAAAAAAAAAAAAAAAACCUACUCUCUUUGUAAUCCAAGUCAACUAAACUAACCCCACCUAAGCAUGGAAAUAUUCAGACCGACUUUUUUUAUGGUUAAUUUAUAUACAUGAUAUGGAUAUCUCUUAUUAUUA